AUGGGGGUACAGGUGCCGAAGAUGUCGGCCAGGGUGGUCAACGCUAUCAGAAAUUUGCGAGAGGCACAUGGAUCCACGUCCAAGGAAAUCAUGAGCUACAUCAUGUCGCAGUACAGCGCUCCGGAAAGCACCAUACAAAGACAGAUGCAAGCGGCACUGAAACGCGGCCUGGACUACGGAAUCCUGAAGAAGAGCAACGGCCAUUACUUCUUGAACACGGACGCGGACGUGACGCAGCUCGCCUCGUCGAUGGCCCCGGUCGAACGAGGUAGAAGAUAUCGCCGAAGAAGCAGAAGAAGAGGACGUAGACGUCGCAGCCGAGGAAGGAGGCGCAGAGGUCGCAGGAGAUCCCGCAGGAGAUCCCGCAGGAGGAGGCGAAGCGGCAGGCGCCGAGCAGCCAAGAGCAGGCGAGUCGGUUGCACCAGGUGCAGGUGCAAGAAGGCCAGAGACAUCCAGGUUCUGAGGGACGAACCGAUCGACCAGAACGGCCAGGAAGAGCCGUGCGACUGCGAGACGAACCAAGAGCGUCAAGACAGGCAGAGCAAGAAUCGAGAUCGUAGUCUGAGCCGCAGUCAAUCAUCGACCAACAGUAAUCAAGAUGGUGCGGACGAUCGACAGGAGAUUCGUGAUCAAGAUUGA